AUGCAGGGCGGCGAGCCCCGUGCGCGGCCCGAGCGCCUGGCCGAAGCUGAGGCGCGGGCGGCCGAUGGCGUCCGCUUGGUUGAGGUGCAGCUGAGCGGUGGCGCUCCAUGGGGCUUCACCCUGAAGGGCGGCCGCGAGCACGGUGAGCCUCUGGUUAUCACCAAGAUUGAAGAAGGAAGCAAGGCUGCAGCAGUUGACAAGCUACUCGCUGGAGAUGAGAUCGUGGCCAUCAAUGAUGUGAGUCUCUCAGGAUUCAGACAAGAAGCAAUUUGCCUGGUGAAAGGCUCCCACAAGACUCUGAAGCUUGUGGUCAAAAGAUAUUAUAAUGGCUACUCCUGCUGCUUCUUGGGUCAAGUUGCUUGGAAAACCUUCUUCCAGCCCUUUACUCUCAGGAAAAGUGAUCUGAGUUGGAGACCUCAUUCCUGGCAUGCCACCAAGUUCUUUGAUGUCUACCCUGAGCCUGCAACCUCGUUGUUUCUGAACGUCAGUAGUUCUCCUUCCUGGAAGAGCCAGCACCAAGCUAGUUCUUCCUCCCAUGAUUUAUCUGGCUCAUGGGAUCACACAAGCCUACAGCGCACUUCUGACCACUUCAGUUCCGUGAGCAGCAUAGACAGCCUGGACCACAGCUCCCAGCUCUACCCAUCUGGACACCUCUCAUCUGCCAAGUCCAACAGCAGCAUUGACCACCUGGGUGUCCACAGCAAGCGGGACUCAGCUUAUGGCUCCUUUUCUACUUGUUCUAGCACCCCUGACCACACCUUGCCCAAGGCCGAUGCCUCUUCUACUGAGAACAUUCUCUACAAAGUUGGCCUUUGGGAUUCCUCCAGGCCAGGCACCAGCCGACAGAGCCAGUCUGCAAAUGAUCCUCAGGGACUGCAGGACAGGCCAUCACAUUUCACACCCAGAAUUCCUGGUAAUAGCAGUAAAAGCCCAAGGCCAGAGGAUAAUGUUGAGCCCAAAAUAGCCACGUCUGGGAGAGCCAAUUUUGGGCCUAUCUGGUAUGUUCCUGACAAGAAAAAAAACCCAUCUUCUCCUCCUCCUCGAGCACCUCCUUUGCGCAGUGAUAACUUUGCUCUGGCAGCAAGGGGUCAUGAAAAGGCACGGGCCCCUCCGUUUUCAGACUUAGCCAGUAUGCAGCACUUUACCACCCAGCCCCAUGUGCAAACCUGGGGGGAUCAGAGACUGGAAACUACAGAUCGACAGUGGAAGCUUGUACACCCAAGCAGUAGCAAAGAAAUAGAAAAUUUGGGUUACCAGCCAGAAGGCCACCUAGUUUGCCGUUGGCUAUGCUCUGAUGAUAGAGCAGGCAGAUCCACAGGGGCUCCAGGCAGGCUCCAGUUCUCCCUGUCCAGCUCAGAUGUGCAAUUCCUGAAGUCUAACCAUGGGGGCCAGCACCCACGACAGUGCAGUGACGAGAGCACAAGGGUCCCCUCAUCACCAAGGGAGUUGCCUCAUAUAACUGCUGGCAGAGGUCUGCAGGAGCCUCCUGCACUAUCCCAGGAUGACAACCCCGCUCAGGUAAGGUGUCCUGGUUUUGCCAACCAGAAGCUGGAUGAGAGAGGGAAGAGCCACUAUUUUUCUGUACCCUCCAGGCAGCCUGUGCAGGGGAAUUCCCAAGUUGUGAUACCCCGAGGUGACUGUUGGCAUUCAGACACAAUUCCUGUGGACCUUGAAUAUCCAUUCUUGCGCCUAAUGAGCCAGAGGGGCUACCUACAGCAGCAUGAGGAGACCCUGGCCUCUCAUGAAAGAGAGGGGUAUCACCAGCUAAAUGCAGGAGUUGAAGGCUGCUGCUCAGGAAUCCAAGAGCCUCCUAGAGCCAGCCAUACUGUAAGAGCUGCUCUGCAGUGUCCUGGCGAUGACUUCAAGUUGGUGGAUGGAGAGAGUAUGAGAAUUUCUCGUCAAAAGACACCUAUGCUGCACUCUCUGACCCAAGAUGGGUCAUGGAGACCUGAGAACAGCAAGGAUUGUGGAAACGAGAAACCACCACUACUCGAUACCCAAAUGAGUAAGCCCACACGGAGGAGUGACCGCUUUGCCACAACACUGAGGAAUGAGAUCCAAAUGCACAGAGCAAAGCUGCAGAAGAGCAAGAGUACAGUGACAUUAGCUGGAGAUAGUGAAGCUGAAGACUGUGCUGGAGACUGGAGAGCUGAUGUGGGGGCUGUCCCAGAAGGUUCCUUCCCCAUCAUCUAUAAAGAGCACCUGAAAGAGGCCCAGACACGUGUCCUGAAAGCCACCUCUUUCCAACGCCGUGAUUUAGAUCCCACCCCAACAGAUCAGUAUCAAGGACCACCAGAACACAGGACUUGUGACCACACCGCCUCAUCUUCUUUAUCUUCUUUCCCUGAGGAGCCAGACACUGGCUCCUACCUCUGUGAGGCAGGUCUGGCCAAGGCACCCUCUUCUGGAGGAAGUGUAUCCCACAUUCUUCGAAUUGGAGGUCGGAAACGGUUCACAGCAGAGCAGAAACUGAAAUCCUAUUCUGAGCCAGAGAAAAUAAAUGAAGUGGGGCUCUCAGAGGACCACAGUCCUCAUCCUAAUGUUAGGACACCUGAGGAUACUGUGGGUACAUUUGCUGACAAGUGGAAGUUUUUUGAGGAAACAAGUAAAUCUCUUCUCCAAAAGCCAAGCCAUAGGCAAGCUCUCUGUGGGCUCCCAAGAGAAAAGGCUGAGAGGCCACAGACAGGAGCCCAUGAGUAUGAGAGUACUGUGCCCUGGUUCCAGAAGAGGUCACGGGCCACCUCCUGUGGAGAGAUCCUCAGUAAUGACAGAAAAGUAGAAAAGGCCUCAGAGAAAUUGAACCCACCCAGAAGGCUUGGAACCUUUGCAGAAUAUCAAGCAUCUUGGAAGGAACAGAAGAAACCUCUGGAAGCCAGGAGUUCUGGGCGGUACCAUUCAGCAGAUGACAUUCUGGAAGCUGGUCUAGAUCAGCAGCAGAGGCCACAAUACAUUCAUGAACGUUCCCGUUCAUCACCAUCCACAGAUCAUUACUCACAGGAAGUGCCUGUUGAGGCAAACAGACAGGCAGAGGACUCUGGUGAGCACAAAGAAGCACUUCCCUGUACACUGCAGACUGAAGAGGAAUGCUCUGCUCCAAGCAGUGCCAAGCCACAAGACAGCCAGCAUGUGAAUGAGGACACAACUUUCUCUCAACCAGAAGCCCAGCUUUCUUCCAAGUGUCAACACCUGCAGACAUCAGCCAUGGAAACUUCUCGUUCUCCUUCACCUCAGUUUGCCCCACAGAAGCUGACAGACAAGCCUCCCCUGCUUAUCCAUGAAGACAACUCAGCAAGAAUUGAGCGGGUGAUGGACAACAACACUACUGUGAAGAUGGUACCCAUAAAAAUAGUGCACUCAGAAAGCCAGCCUGAGAAGGAGAGCCGCCAGAGUCUUGCAUGCCCAGCCGAGCUGCCUGCACUGCCCAGUGGGCUGGAGAGGGACCAGAUCAAGACACUGAGUACAUCGGAGCAGUGUUACUCCCGCUUCUGUGUGUACACACGACAGGAGGUGGAAGCCCCACAUAGAGCCCGCCCUCCAGAGCCACGACCACCUAGUACCCCUGCACCUCCUGUCAGAGAUACCUGUUUCUCUCCUCCAUCCCUCAACUAUGGGAAGGCCAAGGAGAAAACCAUGGAUGACUUGAAGUCUGAAGAAUUAGCCAGGGAGAUUGUGGGAAAGGACAAAUCAUUGGCUGACAUCUUGGACCCCAGUGUGAAGAUUAAAACCACCAUGGAUCUGAUGGAGGGAAUUUUUCCCAAAGAUGAGUACCUCCUGGAGGAAGCUCAGCAACGGAGAAAGCUGCUCCCCAAAGUCCCUUCACUCAGAGUCACAGAGGACAAGAAACAGGACCCAGGUGUGCUAGGGGUUGUGUCCUUGGCCACCAAUUCUACCUAUUACAGCACAUCAGCCCCCAAGGCAGAACUGCUUAUCAAGAUGAAGGACCUACAGGAGCCUGAGGAGUAUUCAGGGGGUGACUUGGACCAUGACCUGUCCGUUAAGAAGCAAGAGCUCAUUGACAGUAUCAGCCGCAAGCUGCAGGUUCUCCGGGAAGCCCGGGAAAGCCUGCUAGAGGACAUCCAAGCGAACAAUGCUCUUGGGGAUGAGGUGGAAGCCAUUGUGAAAGAUGUCUGCAAGCCCAAUGAGUUUGACAAGUUCCGGAUGUUCAUUGGGGACCUGGACAAAGUGGUGAACCUCCUGCUGUCACUGUCAGGGCGCCUAGCUCGUGUAGAAAAUGCCCUCAAUAAUUUGGAUGACAGUCCUUCUCCUGGAGACCGGCAGUCACUGUUGGAGAAACAAAGAGUCCUAACCCAGCAACAUGAGGAUGCCAAGGAGCUUAAAGAGAACCUGGACCGCCGUGAGCGCAUUGUGUUUGAUAUACUGGCCACCUACCUCAGCGAGGAGAACCUGGCUGACUAUGAGCAUUUUGUGAAGAUGAAGUCGGCUCUCAUCAUUGAGCAGCGAGAGCUGGAAGAUAAAAUCCACCUGGGUGAAGAGCAGCUCAAGUGCUUGUUUGACAGCCUACAGCCUGAGAGAAGCAAAUGAGAGGCCCAUUCCCACAAAAGGUAGACACUGAGCUUUGAAGAUUGCCUGAGACUACAUGAGUGAACCCAAGCCUAUUUGCCUAUCUCUGGAAAGACACAGAGCCACUAGGCUAGUAAAAAAGCAAUAAUGUCCUGUUAGUAUGUGAUGAUUUGUUUUUGUUUUUAAUUUCUGUUGGUUUGCUGAGCAGAGUCUCGUACCACAUGUGGCUUCACAGGAUGCCAGGCUUUCAUAGUCAUCAAGGGUCCUCUAGUAUGUCCAAUGGCUGGACCCACAGUAUAUGCAAGCACUCCUUUGCAACAGUGGCACUGUUACUCCUCCCUUGUGUAGAUGCCAAAUACAUCUCUACAGUGCAUGAGAGAAAAGACCCUUGUGAUUUAGCCAGGCAUGGACUGCUGUGUGUUCUGUCCUUGUUCAUUCAACAAUGUGAGCAUUCAUCAGUCUAUCAUCAAUACGUUCUCUGUCCCAGUAAAAAUCAGUGAUGAUGAUAAUUUAUUGAUGUGUGGAAAAGAUGAACCAUUUCCUAGUAGUUAAAAGCCAACUAUGAAAUGAACAACCUACAUAUAUGGUUCACUCAUUCCAAGAUUAAAACCAUCACAUAACUUGUAUGCAUGCUUUGAAACACCCAAAACAAACAGAUAGCUAGCAUCCUUGUCAAAUCUUAAAUAAUUUCUAACCGAGAAACUUUACUUAGUUAAAAGUGUGUCUACUAAUAAUGUUAUUGCUUAUUCUUUAUUUCCUGAGACCAAUGGAAUAUUUUGAAGUUUCCUUCCCCAGAAUACUAAUUUGUUUGUGUACAUGAUCCUUAAUGAUAAUCAGUGGCUUAUCUUUCUUUUUACCAUUCUGCCUGUUACCAUGGGCCACAUGCCAUGUAAGAAUCCAUCCUCUGGUCAGAGGUCCUGUGGAGUGACUAGUGCUUACGUUUGAAACAGAAUUUUGUCCUUAACAGUUGAAAUGGCAAGGUGACAAAUAGAGUGUUUACUCAUUAAAGCAACAGUUGACAGGACAGAAAAUGGGAGAAAGCAUGUAAAUCAUGUGUCUGAUUUGUUGCUCAUUUUCUUUUUGUUAUUUGUUUUCAAAGAGUGUCAUUUAACCCAGAUUGGCUUCAAACUCCCUAUAUAAUCCAGAUGACCUUGAACUCCUGAUCCUCCUGCCUCCACUUCCUGAGUUCUGGGUUCAACAGCAUACCCCUCUUCAUGGCUUCAUACAUCUGAUAAACAAUUUGUAUAAAGAACUCCCAACCCCCAACACUAGGAAACAAAUGUUUUGAAAAAAGUGGGCAAAAGAUUUGACUAGACACUUCACCAAAGAGGAUAUACAUAUGGCAGAUAAAUACAUGAAAAAUGUUCAGCCACCAAUGGGGUGUAUAACUUACAUUAAAUGUAUGUAUAUUUGGUGUAGUUCAAAAGAUGUUUGUAACUAAAUGCAUGGUGACUGAUGAUCAAGUCUCUCUGGUGACUUGAUGUUUAGGCAUUACUAGUCUUUGUUUAAUCAAGGGAUUAUUUAAAUCAAAUUUUCCCCUGAUAUUGCAGCACAUGCAAAGAUUUCCCUCUCUUAGCAGUUACCACAACCAUUCCAAAACACAUGUGCACAUUUAUAUCCAUGUGUAUAUGCAUAUGUUCACACUCCCAUAUGAACCAGAAUCCAUGCUUCCUGAGCCAGAGAAACAGAAGCUGACACCAUAAGCUCUGGUGAAGAUGGUAGUACCCUCUAUAGAGCUGAGUCAAGAAAGGCAAGCUUCUGCACCACACACCACAGAUGGCCUUGCUCACAGCCUACCACUGUCCAUCAGAAGAAAAAUCUUUGCAAAAGUGUUGAUUCAUAUUAAAUGAAGCUACUUCUACCUUUUGAAGUCUCUGAUCUGCCACUGCAGACUCUUCCUUCUUCCACUUGGUUUUCCCUUGCUGUGAAUGUGGGUCAUGUCAGAAAAAGUGAUUCUGGCUAUCCACAAACUUUCCAAGGAAUUAAAGACUAUUUUGUUUUUAAUUUACAACAAACUAUUUACCUGUGGUUCUUUACCCUCAAAUACAGUGUUGUGAACAUCUUAAUGAAAUGUGUGUAAAAUGUGAAUAAUGGAAUUUUGUUUGUAACCUGCCUUUUCUUUGUUGCUUCAGGAUUGUCUGUUAUGGAGAAAAAUAUGUAGUGCUCUAGCAUGCUUGUAAUGAAACACAUAACAAUUGUGACCUUCCUGUCUAUUCUCUACUUGCCUGUUCAAUGUCUGAUUAGCAGGGACCCAAUAAUUCCAGAGAGUCCAUGUAAUAUGUCUAUGAAUAAGUGAUUCUAUUUCAUAAGAAAUAAUCUGGUGCUAAUGGUUGGUCCUUGGCAUGCAUAGGUGUGGGCAUGGGCACAGCUAUGGAACUCUGUACACACACUGACCUUGCUUGUGGUCAGCUUUUGUGGCUUUAUCCUUAACUCCACCCUGGCCAAUAUGCACAUUCAUGCUUGAUGCUUACCACUUAUCAACAGAUUCUCUUGCUUGACUUUAACAAAAUAAAGUGUCUCUUCAAGUGAAAGAAA